AUUUCAACCGCGCUUGUAAUGUCUGGUAACUAUUAUCCCUACUAUAUUGCAUUAAAACGUCCGCAGCGCGAUAUGUGCGUUGUAGUUGCACAGACGUUGCAUCGUCCGACGACCCAUCCAGCAAAGGACUACAUUUCCCAGAAGACCUCGCACCACAAUAAAUAAACGUCAUGACACACGUGAUCAUUAAGCGGAGCUGACCAAAAUCCCAAACAAGGAAAUGGUGGGGUAAUAAAACGAUCGGAUCAUUUAAUUAAUGCAUGUAAUAAUUAAUAUUUUAUUUUAUUGUAAAUUAAGAAAUAUUUAUGGGUUAAAAUGGACUACGACUUCAAAACGAAGCUCGCCGCCGAGAGGGAGAGAGUGGAGGAUCUGUUUGAAUAUGAAGGUUGUAAAGUGGGUCGCGGCACAUACGGGCAUGUUUAUAAAGCGAAGCGUAAAGACGGAGAUGAGAAGGAGUAUGCGCUGAAACAGAUAGAAGGCACUGGAAUAUCCAUGUCUGCCUGCAGGGAAAUAGCUUUGUUGAGAGAACUGAAACAUCCGAAUGUCAUCGCCCUGCAAAAAGUGUUUUUGUCCCAUAGUGACCGCAAAGUUUGGCUUCUGUUUGAUUAUGCUGAGCAUGAUCUGUGGCAUAUCAUAAAGUUUCAUCGAGCGUCAAAAGCCAACAAGAAGCCCAUGCAGCUGCCACGGGGAAUGGUGAAGUCGUUACUCUACCAGAUCCUAGACGGGAUCCAUUACCUGCAUGCCAACUGGGUUCUGCACAGAGACCUGAAACCUGCCAAUAUCUUGGUGAUGGGUGAAGGUCGAGAGCGAGGGAGGGUCAAAAUUGCCGAUAUGGGUUUCGCUCGUCUGUUUAAUUCUCCGCUGAAGCCGUUGGCUGAUCUGGACCCGGUGGUGGUGACAUUCUGGUACCGAGCUCCUGAGCUUCUGCUUGGGGCGAGACACUACACCAAAGCAAUCGAUAUUUGGGCAAUAGGCUGCAUCUUUGCCGAGCUGUUGACGUCAGAACCAAUCUUCCAUUGUCGACAAGAAGACAUAAAGACCAGCAAUCCUUUCCAUCAUGACCAGUUAGAUCGCAUAUUCAGCGUGAUGGGAUUCCCAGCAGACAAAGACUGGGAAGACAUCCGAAAAAUGCCUGAAUAUCCAACUCUACAGAAAGAUUUCAGGAGAACCACAUAUGCCAACAGCAGUCUCAUCAAAUAUAUGGAGAAACAUAAAGUCAAACCUGACAGCAAAGUCUUUCUACUGCUCCAGAAGCUGCUCACCAUGGACCCCACCAAAAGAAUCACUUCUGAACAGGCACUGCAGGACCCUUAUUUCCUUGAAGACCCCUUACCUACAUCUGAUGUUUUCGCAGGAUGUCAGAUUCCUUAUCCCAAACGAGAGUUCCUCAAUGAAGAUGAACCUGAGGAGAAAACUGAGAAGAAUCAGACACAGCAGCACCAGCAGACAGCUGCGCAGACACAGACACAAACGCAGACACAGCAGGCGCCAUCCCAGCAGAGCUCAGCGCAGACCAACGGCACGUCGGGCACCACAGGGGGCAACACAGGCCCCUCAAUACAGCAUGGACAAGACCAGGGGCCACCUAACAAAAAGCCCCGCACCUCAGGAUCUAGUGUUCUUCAAACAGAGUACCAGCACUCCAGCUCACGGCUCGGUUACCAGACCAACGUUCAAGGCUCCACCCAGUCGCAAAGCACUAUGGGAUAUUCAACUUCGUCUCAGCACCAAUCCCAUCGAUACUGAGACUCACAAACACACAAGUACUUAAAAUGAAGUUGUACUCCCCACGCAUACAAACAUGGCAAGUUCAUAUUGUCAUUGGAAGGGAAAUGCUCUUAAUAUCUUUUAAAAGGGUCUGCCUCAUAGACAUACACACAACCUAAGUUUAAACCCCUUCAAAUCUACCUGGCUUCCCACAACAAAUGCCACGUGCAACAAGCACAACUGUACAACCCUUCAGCAUAAUCAGCUUCAGGCCAAAGUCACUAAAGGAAAAGUGUUUAGUAUAAGUGGAUUGCUAAAGGUGAUGUCCCACUAGUCAUGUUUUUCAUAUUUUCUUCGUAUUGCCGGUCACAGAUCGCAGAAAACUGAAACUUUAAAAAAUCAGGUGACGCCAGGUUCGUCUGUCCACAUUAAAUUCAACUUUGGAACAAUUUCACAGCUAAUAACAAUGUAAUUGACGUUUAAUAUUACUAUGAUAUGGAGCACAAUUUUAAACCAAUGAGACUUCGCCGUGGGCGGGGCUUCCCAGUACAACACAAUAGAAGAAGUGACAUCUCACAUACUGUCACUCUCAUGGCAAAUAUUACACACAAAAUAACAAACUAUACUGCCUCGGCCUAGCAAACUCUUAUUAGCAUUCAAGAAUAAUCAGUCUUUGUGAAAACAUUACUAACUUUUUUAAAAAGUUUGUCCAGAAUCCACAGCAAUAUGAGUGGAGCUCAUAUCGUUUAGUCUGUUUGUGUUGGACUAGUGGGACCCAAACCUAAUGCAUAUCUAUUAACAUGAUUUAUAGCAAAUCAUCCUCAACAUUGUAAGCGUUGGUUGGUUUACCAUAAAGCUUCUCUGAGACACCACACACCCCUGAUACGGACACUUCUGCAGUAUAUAAGCAAUUGUAAAUAGGAACCAAAACCUUUCUUCCUCUCUCCUGUCUGCAUGUACGGACCGGAGACUGGAUUUUGUAAUAUAAUGUGUGUAUAUUAUAAAGACUGAAGAACAAAGAGCACUUAUCAGGAGACAUGAGACUCAAUGUGACUGUGUGUGAGUGGACAACAUCACUAACCCACAACACACUUUCUACAUGCUUCUCCUUUUGUUGUAUAUCAAAAAAAAAAAAAAAUGUAUUAUUUUAUGGUCACAGAUUGUAGUAGAUGAGAGGAAACCUUGUUCGUUCGUUUUUACCCUUUCUACAAGAGUAACAACUAAUACAUUUAAUAUCAAAGAGGGUAUUUCUUCAAAACGGGUGCCAUAUAGACAUUAUUUGUGUAAAAAUGACUUUAACAAGGAAUAGCUGAUGCCAGCUUUACUAUGUGUUAAUACAGAUAGCUUUCUAUACAUAUCAAACAAAAGUUUAAGAACCUUUCCCCUGUCUCACAACGCUGUGUUUCUCACUUAUCUUGACUAUUUUAUCAAAUGUUUAAUGAAAACAAAAUACAUGGAGACAAUUUCUCUCUUCUAUAUCUGUUUCUUUAUGUAAAUUAUAUUAUAUUCUGGUUAACAACAUUACACUUUAACAAAAAAAAACAUUACAGACAAAGCCUUGAGAUCAAGGUUUGCAAAUUGACCUAUAAAUUUGUCAACCUUGUUUUUCUGACUAAAUAUGUCUUUUUAAAAUUCAACACCUCAAAUAAAUGACUUUCUUAAUAUUUAUUACGUAUUGUUUUCAGUACAAAUAUCUAAAAGUUCUUAAAUCAAGAUGCAUUUUCUUGAUGAGCAAAAUUACCUUAGAAAAUAAGUUUAGUUUUAAUACUUAAAAAUAUCAAAUAUAAGUUAAUUUGUGCUUAAAAAGCAAAAAAAAAAAAUCUGCCAACGGGGUAAGAAAAAAAUCUAAUAAAUGUACUUUUUUCUUAAACACUUGAUUCAAGAAAAAAAUCAAGAAAAUUUUCUUACCCCAUUGGCAGAUUUGUUUGCUUGUUUUAAGCACAAUUUUUUUUCUAAAAACUAGACUUAUUUUCUUGGGUAAUUUUACGUAUCAAGAAAAUACCAAGAAGGAUUAGGGCCAAAUUAAAAAAUAAAAUCUCAAAAUUAAAGUCAUUAUAAUGCGAGAUUUAACUAGUAGUUUUUCGAGUAAAAAGUAAAAACAAAUAAAUUACGGGAAUAACGUCGUAAUGUUUGAAGAAUACAGUAAAUAGAAUGAGAAUAAAGUCAUACAUUUUCAAGAAUAAAGUCAACACCAUGAGAAUAAAGUUGCGGGGUUCAAGAAUAAAGUUAAAAUAACGAGAUUAACCUUAUAGCAAUACAGGAUUAAAGUUGUUAUAUUUUGAGAAUAAUGUCAUAUUUUUACAUCAACAUGUUCUGAGUGAUAUAAACAAGCAGAUCUGAAAAGCAGAUACCAAAUAACCUAGGCUACCUGCCUUAUUAAUAAAACAUUAUAAGGGUGAUGCACUUAAAAAGCAAUUAAGCACCUUAAGCGCAUUCCCUUAGAAAACCCUUAAAGAAAACGCUGAUUGUGUCUUAAUGCAUUUUAAACAAUGAUACUAAAGCACCAAACUCAGCAAACAUUUUAUUAAGAAAACAUUUUGUGUACAGGCAAACAAAUGAUCCCAGAAAAAAACACCACAAAAGGCGUUUGUUUCUUACAAUCAUCACGAUUGGGCUCUUCUGCUUGACCAUACGCGUACUUUAUUUAUGAUAUAUUAUUAGUGUAUAGUGAAUUUAGUGUAUUAGUAUCCUUACUUAAUCAUUUAAAGCAUUAAGCCAUGUUGAGAAAGUGAAACUUGGCUUGUUGCAUUCAGAUUCUGAGCAAAUGUCCCUCAGUAUUGUUUUAUUAAUAAGGCAUUUGGUAUCUGCUUUGCAGAUCUGCUUGUUCACAUCAUUCCAAACAGGUUAAUUUAAAAAUAUAACUUUAUUCUCGAAACUUCACGACUUUAUUCUCAAAAUAUUCUUUAUUUGGAAUUUUUUUUCUCGAAAAACUUCUAGUUAAAUCUUGCAUUAUAAUUACUUUAAUCUCGAGGGGUUUUAAUUUUUUUAUUUUAGCUUGGCCUUAAUCCUUUUUGGUAAGAAAAUGCAUCCUGAUUUAAGAAUUUCUAGAUAUUUGUACUAAAAAAACAAAAAAGAAAUUCAAAAUAAGAAAGUAAUUUUUUGCUGAGAAAAGGCACCCGUUUUACAGAACGACCUGAAUAUCUUAUAAGACUAAGGACAUAUGUUAAUAUUUCAUUGUGUUUUAGGUCACAGCUAAAAUCUGUGUCUGUGUGUGUAUACUUGUACAGCUGUCUGUGUGAGAACCACAUUUUUUAGUAAAACCAUCAGAGUGAAGGAAAAAGCUGAUUUUGACAGUCCUCUCUUUUUGGCACCCCUUUAAAGGACUGUUUUAGGGAUAAACGGCACCCAUUAUGCAAAAUCCACUUUAAAAGCUGUUUUGACAAAAACGUGUGUUGGCAAUGUGUGAAGACAACCACCCAAAAAUCUUUUUUAAUCCCCAUUAAACCAGAGCAGUCUCAUUAAAAAUGCUGUUUUGAUCAUCUUGUUAAUGUGAUGUCACACUAACAACGCCCCGCCCACUGGCACCGCCUAACUGGUUAAUUUGAACCAAAAGCUUUUCUAAAUAUGUUUUUUAGCACAUUGUAGCACAAAUGUGGCUAAAUAAACUAUUGUCUCAGACUGUUUUCACAAGAAUCAGAUCUAUUUUAACCAAAAGGCUGUAGUUUAUUUGCAUUUAAAGGUACACACAUGAAAACAGCACAUUUUUACUACCACCCAAAUAGGGGCAUUUUGGACAUGCUAUUAUAAAUUAUCUCUGGGAUAUUUGGAGCUAAAACUUCACAGACACAUUCUAUGCUCACCUGAGACUUAUAUUACAUCUUGUAAAAAUGUGCAUAAUAGGUGUCCUUUAAGACUUGACUUUCGGGUUACAAUUGGGUUAUGGUUGGGGUUAGUUUAUAGGAAUUGCAUUACAUCUCAGUGUGUUCUCACAUACAUAGCUGUGUGUGUGCGUGUGUGUGUGUGUGUGUGUGUGUGCGUGCGUGCGUGUGUGUGUGUGUGCGUGCGUGUGUGUGCGCGCGCAGAUAUACUUGCAUGCCUGUGUGUUGCAUUAUCCGGGCAGCUAGCAGUUAAACUGCUUCUGUGACUGUUACCUCCUCUUAUCUGCUGUUUCUUCAGUGUUUUAUAUGCUUGGCUUUUAUAAUCUGUUUAUUGUUGGUAACUGCUUUUGAAGAACAGUCAUAUAUAUAUAUACUGUAUGUUGUUUGAGCUCAGCGUGUGGAGCACUGUAUCAAUCAAAGGCAACUUAACUCUCGCUCCUUACGUAAAACAUCAGACCUCAGUCGUGUGGCUUUGAAACACUCAGAAGUUUUGAUGUGUCCUGUUUUCUCAGAUUACAGGAUUUUCUAACUGUUUUUAUUUUUUUUAAUGUAUUGGAAUCAGUGGACAUAAUGUAGGGCUGUUGUGCGUUUCCUACCAUGUCAAUGUGAGGUUUUUACAGUCGGGUCCAGAAGUCUGAGACUAUAAAAAUCGAGGAUUACUUAAAUCUGAAACAUAUUACCUAAAAGAAAGAAACAUUUUCUGUGUCACUUAUCCAUCGACUAUUUUAACUUUUUACGAAAGGUCAGAUUUUAAUUCCUUUCGCUGUAGCAAACAAGACUAAAACUUCUAAAUUUCAUAUGCAAAUCCACAUUUUUAUUAUUUUUCUUAUUGAACAUUUCACUUCAAUUGUACAUAUUUUAUAUAAAAUUUGACUAAAUUUCACUAAUGUUCAAAGACUUCGGGACCCUGUGGUGUGUAUUAUUUGUUUACAGGACACAUGUGGGGUGGGAGGGUUUCGUUGAAGGUGCCGGCCUAAGAAAUAACUGUAGUCCCAACGUUUUAAAGUGUAGUUGGUUCAGAUCAUUUUACCUUACAUUUUGAACAGCAAUGUGAAUGCAAAUAACAAAAUAAAUAAGGAUAUUAUUUUGUAGACUUUUAUAUGUAAAUUUACAGUUAGUACAGAUUUGACUGACACAUUUACUCAAAUUUAUAAGAGAAAAUAUCUACAACAUUGAAACCAAAAAUCAUAAUUCCUUAACAUUGAAGUAUUGUGCAGUAUCCAGUAGGAGGCAGUAGUGACCAACAAAGAGCAAGUAUGAAGUUAUUGUUACAGCCGUCAGAUGCAUUGCAAUGGGCAAAUGCAUACAUGGCAAAGAAAAAGGUUUUUCUUUCUGUAUGUCAUCAUAUUGAGAAUUGCAUAUUGUAAGCUGCAAUACUUUAACAAGAACUAAUUUACACUUUGUUGUGAAUUUGUUGGUCCACUACGGCAGACCUGAAGAAACUGCUCGGGUUAAACCAGGACUUCUGGUCACCCUAAUUCUGCUCUGUAUAGUUUCUACUGCAUUUGGGACAGAAACUUUCAUACACACUUCCUAUGCAAAUCUAUAGCAGAAAAGCUUUUAGAAAGGAGCUCAGAUCAAAGAUCAGAUUUUUUCAUUUUUACUCUAAACUGCACUUCUCAUAUGUAAUCUUUGAAUGAGGUAUUAUUGUAUAGUCUAUGGUAUUGUUUUCAAACUAUGAUAGAAUGUAAAAUAGCAUAUUUAUAAGAAUUAACUCGGAUGUACAAUCGGAUUUAUUACUCUUGUUUGUAUCUCUCUGCAUAGAUGUUUAAUAACAUGUUUGGCAUUUAUCUGUCUUAAAGAUUAGUAGAGCUGUAUGAUAAAUCAUAAAUCUUUAGUGUAGUUAUUCGUUUGUCUCGUUCAUUUCUUUCCUGCUGUGUACAUGUGACGUAGUUUACAUGAGAAGCAGUCAGAUGAACUCCAGAAUGAGCGUGUAGAUCUUCACCUUCACUUUGCAUGGCUUUAAAUGGUCCAACUUAAAGUGGUUAAGUUUGUGUUUAAAGUCUGAUCAAGAAAAUAGAUCCUUGUAGCAUGAACUUUAGGUUAGAUCCGCAGCUCUCGACUGGUUUUGCUUCAGGAGAUAGAUAUAUUGAACAUUUAAAUUAAAUGAUUAUCCAACAUAACUACCAAAUUUGUUGAAUAGUAAUAAUUCCUUUAAUUGUCAUUGAAUAAAACACAUUGGAGGUUGUUUUAAGUUUGUGCCAAAAUACUGUUUGUCAUUAAAAAGAUUAAUAUUUUUCUUUUAUUUUUUCUUUUAUUUUUUCUUUUGUUUUUGUAUAAGUCUUUAACUCCAUCCGAGUGAACCAGCAGUUUAAAGCCACUGGAAUAAAGUUUGGCUGUAACAUCUGCGAUUAUGACAAUUAUUUGCACUUUCAGUCAGUUCUGUCAUGUUUUUGAGCUACAUUUACGAGUGUCCUCUACAUUUUUUACAUACUUCCACUUUCUGCAUUAAGAUAUGCAUGUACAUUACCGAGCUAAGAUUGUCUUUGUUACUUUUUUGCAUUUUAUAAUAUAAAACAUCUCAGAUUAUGGACAAUGUUUUUUUGUUCUGAGUAUUAAAGGUGUUAUUUGAAAUAUAUCUGAUUUGUAAAUCAAUGUGAUGACGCUCUGCUGUGUUGAUCUGAAGGAGCUUCUCUUUCUUUCACUUACAGUUAUGAAAGACGUUUCAAUGAAUGUUUAGGAAAAACAUUGUGUACAGCAUUUUGUCAUGUUAUGAUAUGUUGCACUGUUGUUACAGAAUUAUUUAGUGGCAAGUGAUUUAAUAAUUGUGUAUUUUCCUCUUUUUUUUUUGUCUUGUUUAGACACUAAACAUAUAUAAUAAAGUAAGAAGCAAGAUUAGACUAUCAUAUAAACACAUAUGUAGGCUAUUUAAUUCACAAUGGCCCCUAGAUUUGAAACAUUGCAUGUUUUUGUCUUUUUCAUUCUGAAUUGUAAAAUAUUUAAAUUGUCACAUAUUUAUCAUGUUGACUUGUUUUUAUCAGUGCUGAGGUUAUCACAAAUUUCACAGUGCCUCCUUUCCAUGCAUUCUUACUCUUUCUAAAAUGUUUGGAGCUGUCAGUAAAUCAUCUGUAAUAACUUUU